AUGUCGGUAACGGAUAUAGAGUUACCAGAUGAUUUCAUUGCUCCAUCGGCUGGCAUAGUGGAUAUUGAACAUAGAAAAGGUGGCGCUAAACGUCACAGGAAAGUGCUCCGUGAUAACAUCCAAGGUAUUACCAAGCCAGCUAUUAGACGUUUGGCUCGUCGUGGCGGUGUAAAACGUAUCUCUGGCCUGAUUUACGAAGAAACUCGUGGUGUUCUGAAGGUGUUUUUGGAAAACGUUAGUCGUGAUGCUGUCACCUACACCGAACAUGCUAAGCGUAAAACCGUCACCGCUAUGGAUGUCGUAUAUGCUUUGAAGAGACAAGGCCGUACCUUGUACGGUUUCGGCGGUUAAAAAAUUCUUGACGCAAU